AAACCAAACCCAACAACGCUGGUGCAGGACCACUAAUGCCCAACUAACUACCACUACUCCACCCUAACACUGUACUGAAGUGUUUUGCUAGCUCCUGGCCUGUCUGCCACCACAAGCCAAUAAUGGGGCACGAGAUGCGGGUCGAUUUAUCCACCGCAUAGCCGAGUGAUGCUGGCGGUGCUUCACUCAUAAAACGCUUUUCGCGUGGUUGGUGGCCGUGCUUGGAUAUCACCGUGGCGAUAAGAAUGCCGCCGUGCCUGAAGCUUGGUGCUCUUACUAUCUGAAUCAAGUUUGCUCUUUUCCGCGGCGGUCUAGCUCCAUUCCUCAGGACUGACGUUCCACCUCUUCACUGACUUCUCACCUCAUGUCGCGAUUCCCCGAAACACGCCGCCGCGAAGCGCCUGAUAUAGGUUAGUAAUAUCCCUGUGAACAUGGAAGGAGUUUUCCUGAAAACUUAGGAGUUAAAGCCCCAGCCGCUCAACAGAAUGGACACCUUAACUUCAUUCUAGCAACGUUUUUAGCAGGCACUCUCCUGCUCCCUUCGCGUCUCCGACUCGCUUCAUUUUAGCAGUCUUCUCGCAGUAUCGGCCUUCAUUCCGCGGGUUUUUCCAAACCGGUUUUUCAACAACCGCCAUUAUCUUCCGGCAUGGGGUGGAAUAACUUAUUCGGCAAGAAAGGCGACUCGCUCACGCAAUCCAACUCCCAGCGGAAUCUCUCUAAGGCUCGGCGGCAGAAAGGCGGAGAGGCGGAGUCGUCCUCUCCGGGGGGUGCGCAAGCAGCGGGCGCUCAGCAGGGGGCAGGCGCGGAGCCCGCGCCGUGGGAUGCGCGGGCGGAGCGAGAGCCGCGGGAGGUCUCAGAGGCGCGAACUGCUGUGGAUACACGAUCGCCCCAGCGGUCACAGCAGCAGCAGCUGCUAGCCGCGCAGCCGCAGCCGCAGCCGCAGCUGUCGCCAAAGCCGAUGGCCCCAGGUAUGGAGCAGCAGCAGCAGCAGCAGUUUUCCGCGCAACCACAAGCGUCGCUAUCGCAGCCGCCCCCACCGCAGCAGCAGCAGCAGUUCGCGCAGUCGCUCAUGCAGGCCCCCCAUUGGACGGGCGGAGGCUCCGCUGCCGCCACCACGGGGCGGAGAAGCGCGGAGCGCAGCAGAGCGCAGGACGGCAUGGGCGGAGCGGGCCAGGGGGGGAUGAGCCCAGUGCAGGGGGGAAACGUGAGCGCAUUGGGUCUGGGUGGACCAAUGGGGGGGACAGUGGGCGGGGCAACACCACCAAGGGACGCGCGGCCUUUUGGCGCGGGGGGGGAAGCGGCGCAUCUGAAGGCGCAGCCGGACGAGGCCAUGGGCAGAGGCUCCUACCCCGCGUCCCGGGACUACUACCCCUCGCAGGGCGUCCCCACGCCGCAAGGCGCUGGCCCGGGCUCAGGUUCGGAGCCCUGGCGCCAAGCCAGCGAGGCAGGCUCGGGUAUACCCCCGUGGGAGGUGAUGGCGGGCCUAAGGGAGGAGGAGUGGGCGGCGUUGAAGAGCUGGAUUGAAUCGGGGUGGCGCUGCCGGCGGUGCGGCAGCGUGAGGGACGACUCGUCCGAGCAUCCUGUGGCCAUGGCCCUGCUGCAGCGCUGCGGCAUCAACCCCCCCUCUGCCGACACCCAACCCGCCCCCUCCCCGCUGCAUUCCGAUGGCAGUGGAAGAUUCUCCGCACCUUCCUGGCAGCAGCAGCAGCAGCAGCAGCAGCAGCAGCAGAAGCAGCGGCAGCAGGGGUCUGUGGAUGCUCGCAGCCAUGGGGGCGGGUCGCCCUUGAACCCCUCCUCCAAGCGCCUCUCCUUCGACGCCUCCCCUCUUGCUGCCACCACCGCCACUGGCAGCACCUUCAGUGCCGGGCCUGGUGGCGCCGGGCCUGGCAGCCGGUCCUCGCAUGGAGGCUCGGAGUACGGCUUGGCGGCGUCUGGCUUAGGUCCAGACGCAUGCCCCCAUCUGCGGGGCAGCAGCGGGGAUGGCAGCGGAGGGUUGGGGGAGGGCAGUGCGGAGAACAGCGGCAGAAUGUCCUUGGGGGGCGACUACCAAGCCCAGGGAAACAGAAACUUCAACGAAAGCGCGUUGCAGGAGGUGCGGGCGCGGCUGGAGAUGGGGGGGAUAGGCGGAGGAGGGGGAGGCGGGGGAAGGGCGGGGGGCGGCGGUGGCGGCGCGGGCGGGGGUGGGGGCGGGGGACUGGCGCGGACGAUGAGCAACACGGAGGUGCUGCAGCGCAAGCUGCUGGCGGCCAUCACGCGCGCGCACCAGGUGUACUUCAUCGACAAGGAGCCCAACGGCAGCCUGGUGUUCGACUACCUGCUGUCGGCGGUGCUGGAGGUCACCGAGUCCAUGUUUGGCUUCAUCUCGUCCGCGCUGCUCAAGGCGGACGGCACGCCCUACCUCAAGACGCACGCGAUGACGAACGUGGCGUGGAGCAAGGAGCUGCGCGCGUGGUACGCGGCCAACAGCCACAAGGGGCUCGUCUUCACCAACCUCAACACGCUGCACGGCACCGUCGUGCUCACCGGCCAGCAGGUGAUCACCAACGACGCCCGCAAUGACCCUCGUGCGAGGGGCGUGCCCCCCGGGCACCCGGCCAUCAACCAGUUCAUGGGCAUCCCUCUGUACACCGGCACUGAGCUCAUCGGCGUGUUUGCCGUGGCGAACCGAGCGGCGGGGUACAGCGAGGAGCUGGUGAAGGAGAUCGAGCCGCUCACCAUGACCAUAGCGCAGAUGAUCUAUGCCGUCAACGAGCGCAAGAGGCGCAAGGAGGCGGAGCUGCACCUGUCGAGCGUGGUGCAGGUGGCGAAGGAGGGCAUAAUGUCGCUGUCCCACAGCGGCCACGUCACCUCCAUGAACCUGUCCGCCCGGCAGAUGUUUGGCUUCGCGCAGCCGGGGGACGUGCCGCUGCCCGGCAGCACCAGGGAGGGCGUGGCGGCCCCCACCAACCUGCAGCUCAAGGACCUGCUGGUGGAGAUCGAUGGGCACCGCGAGAUGCUCUCGCCAGGAGGCCUGGACCACGCGUCGGGGCAGGUGCACAAGGGCACGGGGUUCCGCACGGACGGCAGCACGUUCCCGCUCGAGAUCUCGCUGUCCAAGGGCACGUACGACACGGUGUUCUACGUCGCCGUGCUCAGAGACAUCUCCGAGCGCCUUGAGGCGGAGAAGAAGCUCAAGGAGAGCGAGGAGCGGUGGCUGUACGCGCUGUCGGGCAGCGAUGACGGUGUGUGGGACUGGAAUGUGCGAGACAACACCAUGUUCUUCUCCGACCGCUGGAAGCAGAUGCUGGGUUACGAGCCUGGCGACAUCGGGUCCACAUUGGACGACUGGGAGCGCCUGCUGCAUGCAGAGGACAGGGACCGCGCGUACGCAGACCUCAAGGAGCACCUGGACGGCGUGACGGCGCAGUUUGUGAACGAGCAGCGCCUGCGCUGCAAGGACGGCACGUACCGCUGGUUCCUGCACCGCGGCAAGCUGCUCUCCAAGACGGACGACGGCGAGCCGCUGCGCUUCGUGGGCACGCACACCGACAUCACAGACCGCAAGAUGUUCGAGCAGGCAAUGAUUGAGGCCAAGGACGAGGCGGAGCGCGUGUCCCGCGCCAAAGCAGACUUCCUGGCCACGAUGUCGCACGAGAUCCGCACGCCCAUGAACGGGGUGGUGGGCAUGACGGCGCUGCUCCUCGACACGGACCUGACCCCCGAGCAGCGCGACCGCGUGGUGACGAUCCGCGACUCGGGCGACAUGCUGCUGCAGAUCAUCAACGACAUCCUCGACUACUCCAAGAUCGAGUCCGGCAAGCUCGACAUGGAGCAGACGCUCUUCAACGUCGUGCAGGCCGUCGAGAGGGUAGCGGAGCUGCUGAUUCACAAUGCCGAGUCUAAGGGGCUGGAUAUAGUGAUUGAGAUCGAGCCGGACACGCCGGUGUUUCUGGUCGGGGACGCAGGGCGCACGCUGCAGGUGCUGAUCAACCUGGUGUCGAAUGCGAUCAAGUUCACGGAGAAGGGGUAUGUGAAGUUCCGCUUGGAGGCGGAGAUGGGCACGCCCUGCACGCUGCAACUCCCUGCUCCGCCUUCGGCUUCUUCCGCCGCCAAUUCUGCUGCGCCUGCUGGGGCUGCAGGGGGUGCGUGUGGGUCGCCUUUCAGAGACCCCAGUGGACACAAUGGUACUAACAGCCCUGCUCGCACGGCGUCAGGAAACCUGGUUGGAGUAUCUGGGUUGGGGGCAGCACGGCUGCGGGAGGCAGCAGCAGCGGCGGCGGCGGCAUCCGCGCAGGAGGAAGCGGCGGGCGUGCUGUACUGGGUGUGCCACGUCAGCGACACGGGCAUCGGUAUUCCCAAGGAGCGCAUCGGCCGCCUCUUCACCAAAUUCUCUCAGGUGGACGCGUCCACCACCAGGCGGUUCGGCGGCACGGGUCUGGGGCUGGCGAUAUCGAAGCAGCUGGUGGAGCUGAUGGGCGGCCGCAUCUCCGUGCACAGCGAGUUCCGCGUCGGCUCCACCUUCACCGUGCGCCUGCCCGUCAACACGCACCACCCGGCCUACGCCGCCGUCGCGGCACUCAACCCGCCGCUCAAUCCGCCCUCCACCCCCUCCGCGCACUCCGCCCUGCCGUCCUCCAUGCACUCCCCUGACUCCGCCUCGUCCCCUGCUGCUGGGACGCCGUCCAAGGCGCUGCCCACGUCAUCGGGCCCGCUGCCCGUGCCGCUGGUGGUGCCGUCUGAGUUCCAGGCCAUCCGCGUGCUGCUCGUCAGCCCGCUCGAGGUGACCACGUGCGCCAUGCAGAAGCAGCUCGAGGCGUGGAGGGUGCCGCACGCCUGCCUCACCUGCUCGCCAGAAGACGCAUUUCUCAAGAUGCUCCCGGGCGGCACGCUGCCGCCCACGCCGCCCCUGCCGCCCGGCCAACCGGCGCCCGCCACGUGGCGUGACGGGUCGUCACGGAAGGGCCUGGCGGAGGACUACGAUCUGAUCGUGGUGGACUUCUCCAACAAGCCGCAGCUCACCGACCCCAUGUCCUCGGCGGUGCUGGAGAUGCUAGGGAAGGACCGCGUGGGCGUGGUGGUGCUGCUGAAGCGGUCGCAGAUAACGGAGAAGACAGAAGCCGAGCUCAAGGCCGUGCGCAACUGGCGGGACCGAUGUCCCACCAUGCUCAACAAGCCCAUGGUGCGCCCCAAGGCCCUGCUAGAGGCCAUGGAGUCGGCCAUGCAGAGCACACCGGGUGGCGAGGGGCUCUUCCAGUCGUCGGGGCGGCGCAGGCAGCAGCCGCGGCCCGCUGCGAGGAGCACGGGGCCCAAGCUGAGCGGACGGAUACUGCUGGCCGAGGACAACCUGAUCAACCAGAAGGUGGCCAAGUCCAUGCUGGCGCAGCUGGGGGUGACGAUCGACAUCGCCAACAAUGGCGUGGAGGCGGUCAGCCUCUUCCAGAAGAACAAAUACAACCUCGUGCUCAUGGACUGCCAGAUGCCGGAGAUGGAUGGGUGGGCGGCCAGUCGCAGGAUAAGGGAGCUCGAGGCACAGCAGGCACAGCCGCCCGUCACCAUCGUCGCUCUCACGGCCAAUGCUCUCAAGGGCGACAGGGAGCAGUGCCUGGCUGCGGGCAUGACAGACUACAUGUCCAAGCCAGUCAGCAAGGCUGCUCUGGAGAGGGUGCUGAGACAGUACCUGGUGAAGGCGUGACGUGGGGAAGGCAUCAACUGACACACUGUGCUUGUAUGAAUGCUAUAGGAGCAUACCGCGCAAAUAGGAGGCUCACUUCCAAGAAAAGGUGAUUACUCACUGGCUGGCUUUGUGAUGCUCCCUUUUCGCCUAUCCAUCACGGUAUGUGAUGUGAGUGACACCACACCAGCAUUGGAGGAGCCAAGAUGUUGGGUUGGGUGUGCUGUAGCCUAUAGGGUACGUUCAACAGAAAUGGCGAUGUUAGUGAAAAAACUCCCACAGCUUCCGAUCUAGCUAACAAAUCAUUGUGAAAGCUUGCUUAGGUCCUCUUGUAAAUGCAGCGUGAUUCAUUUCAUCU